GAAAGGAGAGCAGCCCGGCGGCCGGAAGCCAGCACCGUGAGUAGUGCCCCCGCCCCGGCCUCUGAGCCCCAGGUGGGGGAGGAGCCCCCGGCGGGACCGGAGCACUCGGGGAGCGGACGGGCAGCCAAUGCGAGGCCCGCCCGACUGGAGAGGGCCCGGAGCGAACGGCUAAUGCCCCGACUUGGGGCCGCCAAACACAUCCUCGCCGUCAGUGGCCCAGUCACUUCGCCUCCCCAGGAAAAUGGGGUAUGGGAGCACAUCUUCCCCAGGGUUGUGGAGAGAGGCAGAGGAGAGGCUGACUACAAUCGUUCGGAAAAUGGAAUUAUGGGUUUUACAGCCACAGUUAGACAAUGGGAUGAGGUGACCCAUAAGCAGCUCUCUGCUUUUGGAGAAUAUGUGGCUGAGAUCCUACCCAAAUAUGUCCAGCAAGUUCAGGUAUCUUACUUCAAUGAACUAGAGAUCUGUAUCCAUCCUGAUGGAGUCAUCCCUGUACUGACAUUCCUCAGAGAUCACACCAAUGCCCAGUUCAAGUCCUUGGCUGAUUUAGGAGCAGUUGAUGUCCCAACCCGGCAGAACCGUUUUGAGAUUGUUUAUAACCUGCUUUCUCUGCGCUUCAAUUCUCGGAUCCGAGUGAAGACGUAUGCAGAUGAGCUGACUCCUGUUGAUUCUGUAGUCUCAGUGCACAAAGCUGCAAAUUGGUAUGAAAGGGAGAUAUGGGACAUGUUUGGAGUCUACUUUGCCAAUCACCCUGAUCUCAGGAGGAUCCUGACAGACUAUGGGUUUGAGGGACAUCCUUUCCGGAAGGACUUCCCUCUCUCUGGAUAUGUAGAGGUCCGCUACGAUGAUGAGGUGAAGCGGGUUGUAGCAGAGCCAGUGGAACUAGCCCAGGAGUUCCGGAAGUUUGACCUGAACAGCCCCUGGGAGGCUUUCCCUGCUUAUCGCCAGCCUCCAGAGAGCCCCAAACUUGAGGCUGGAGAUAAGAAACCUGAAGCAAAAUAGCUUCUAGCAAGAACAGAGCCCAUCUUGUAACAGAGUAUUUAUGUAAAUAAAGACUUACUGGGA